CUGAUGUCAACAGUAACUGCAUCACUGUGUUUACGUUGAGCCUUCCUUUGUGAUUUCUUCUAGAGAAAGGUUGACGUUAUUAUCAUUAUUAUUAUUAUUGAUAUUUAUGUGUCGCUUCUCCAUUCUUUAAUUAAUAUUGUUAUUAUUAAUAUUUCUUCUAAAUUGUACGAAAGUCAUAUAUAAACAUGUCUACGGACAAGCCAAGUAACCAGGAGGAGAGUUUGCAGGGCUCUUGGGUGGAACUGCACUUCAGUGGAAAUGCCAAUGGCAAUGGCAGCCCUGCACAAAAUGGAGGGCAGGAACAGGUGCAGGCUUCCAUUCACAAUGGUGAUCUGGAAAAAAUGCUUCUAGAUGCCCAGCAUGAAUCUGGCAGAAGCAGUUCCAGAGGGAGCUCUCACAGUGACAGUCCGCCAAGAUCACAGACUCCACUCCACCGGCGCAGAGGUUCAGAGGUGCCCAGCAGUGGAGAAAAGAACAGCUCUCAGUCCGAAGAGGAUUAUCUUGAAAGAAGAAGAGAAGUAGACAAUCUUAUGAAGAAAAAUGCUGAUUGGAUUUGGGACUGGUCAAGCCGACCAGAAAACAUUCCACCAAAGGAAUUUCUGUUCAAACAUCCAAAACGCCCAGUGACCUUGAGUAUGAGGAACACCAGUGUUAUGAAGAAAGGAGGAAUUUUUUCUGCAGAAUUUUUGAAGGUGUUCCUUCCUUCUUUAAUUAUUUCUCACAUACUUGCUGUCGGCCUGGGGAUCUUCAUUGGGAGACGUUUAAGAACCUCCACCAGUGCCUUCUAAAUGUGACCUGUUGUCAGCUGCAUCUGACUUCAUUUACCACUGAAAGCUUGGCAUGCCUUCAUGUAACGCUUUGUAGACAUGGGUACAAGUGGUCCUGUGAAUUACAGAAAUGUUCUUAUGGACUGCUGCACUGCUUGUGUUCCUUCAUGAAUGUUAUUUACUAAUUAUUAGCCUAACAUCUGGACUCAAUUGAUGUCCAUUUGAUACAUCUUUAAUUGUCACUGUGAACAUCAUGACCUAUAUAUAUAUCGUACGUUAUUUGCAAGCUCUUGCAAUCCUUGGUCUAUUAAACACCUUGUUUAUUGGA